AGGAAGGCGAGCGGUCCACGGCACACGAGCUGAACGCGGCAGGAAAGUUGAAGCGCGCGUCUCCGACGUUACUAUGCUGCUUUUCACUCUGCAAUUGUUUUAUCUCUCCGGCUGUUCACUAAUACAACUGUUUGGGGUGGAAUGAACUCUCACACACUUCGAUACCUCGUUGGACUUAAUUCAUUAAUGGUAUGGCUUUUCUACAUUUGUUUCUGCCGAAACAGUACAAUUUUCAAUUCUAGUCAGCUUUUUGCAUAUCUAACGGGAGACCUACAUAUACCUUUGCUUAGAAUUAUAUAAUGGGCCUUUAUGGUGUGAUUUUUAUUUUAUUUUUUUCUUUCAGUAUCCUUUUAAACUUUAUAUUAGCCUUUCAUAAGUGAGGACACACUUAACCGAUUCUGCCCGAUAGCAAGGUUUAGCAAGCAACUAAAUAUGACGAGUCUUAUCUGCAAACAAGGCUACAUGGAACAAGUGCGGUGCGGUUCUGUUCCACGAAAAGAGGGGACGCUACUUCAGCGCUUUUCUCAGUGCGUAAUCUGAAAUCUUCCCACGACAUUGUUCUUUUGCUCGAGUUAAAGGAUGAGCACAGAUCUGGAGCGCGCGUCGCUGAAAUCGGGUGCGAACUCUAUGGGGUCCGGCGGGCGCGCAUUGUCCGUUAACGUGAAGAAGCUACAUAACGCGCUCAACGUGUUGCUCAACGACUUCGAGAGAGAGCAGUUCAUCCACUGUCUCAACGUCUACCACGCCAAGCGCAAUGUAUUCGAUCUUGUUCAGACUCUCAAAAUCAUUCUCAAUACACCUAGCAAACGCCAGCUGUUACCCAUGCUGCGCCUCGUUAUCCCACGCUCAGAUCAACUGUUGUUUGACCAGUACACUUCAGAAGGUCUCUAUUUAAAAACAGAACUGUUAACAACUGCCGUCAACCCACAGUGUCCCGACGAAAUAAAUAAUACAAAUAAUAUAAACGUGCAUGUCCGAACCCCCUCAGUCCACUUUGUCGAGCAGCAGGAACAGGCUCAGCCUUGCCACGUAACUUCACAGCCGUUGCCCGAUAUCAGCACCACCGCUGAGGGAACAGCGCCCGCAGUCCCGAGCCUAACCAUGGCGCAGACGCAUGAGGCGCCCGACGAAAUCCGACAGGUUACCCUGAAACGCAGCAAGAGCAAUGAGGGAUUGGGCUUCAGCAUCCGGGGCGGUUCAGAACACGGAGUAGGAAUCUACGUCUCCCUGGUGGAGCCAGGAUCCUCAGCAGAGAGAGAGGGACUGAGAGUUGGAGACCAGAUCAUCACCGUCAAUGACAUGGUUUUUGACCGAGUCACCCAUGGAGAGGCAGUUAAGGUGCUAAAGGGCUGCAAGAAGCUCUCCAUGUCUGUCUGCUCGAUGGGCCGGAUCCCCGGGGGCUACGUGACCAAUCACGUGUACACGUGGGUGGAUCCUCAGGGCCGCAGCGUGUCCCCGCCCAUGGAUGUGCCGGAGCACAUCGGAGCAGGCGGCCGACACUCGGACACCCAGCGAUGCGGACUCGGCCACGGGCACAAGUCUCAGCAGUGUGCAGAGAGGAGGGUCAACCUCUCCUUGGAUGAUGGCCGUUCACUGGGUCUGAUGAUCCGUGGGGGAGCAGAGUAUUCCCUGGGCAUAUACAUCACCGGAGUGGACCGGGACUCGGCUGCUGAAUAUGGAGGUUUGAAGGUUGGGGAUCAGAUUCUGGAGGUGAAUGGGCAGAGCUUCCGCAGCAUCCCGCAUGACGAGGCCGUGCAGAUCCUGAAGUCUUCGUGCCACAUGCACAUGGCCGUACGGGAUGUGGGCCGUCUCCCUCACGCCCGCACCAUGGUGGAUGAGACCAAGUGGAUCCCCAGUCCCUGCAUUGCCGAGAGCUCUGCUGGUGCCUCCGCCCAGAGUCUGUCAGCUGAUGGAGUCGGAAGCUCCGGAAAGCCGGUGUGUUGCAAGGGCAUGGUGGCCCCAGCUAUAACUGUUGCGAUGACCCAGACAAUAACCCCAGUGAUGACCCCAGUGAUGGCCCAGGGCCAGGCACGGGUGCGGAGCUCUCUGGAGGAGCAGGCCUACCUGCUGCUGACAGAGACAGAAAGGCAGACCAUGAGCUACUACCUGCAGGAGUACCAGCGUGGUCACAUCGGCGUGGAGCCCCUGGCCAUGGCCUUGUUCGAGCUCUUCAACACACAUGCCAAGCUCACCCUCCUGGCUGAGGUGCGUGCUCUCAUUGCCACCCAGGAUCUGGAACGCUUUGAUGGGCAGGUAAUGCUCCACGAGAUGGAGGCGUGGAGGGCCCGGCAUGAAGAUCUGGGCCCGCCUCAGCACCCCGAUGCCAUCUGUGCCUCUCACCCUGAGAUCCAUGACCCAGUUCUCUGCCAGAUGACUGCUACAGCUAUGGCCUAUGCUAAGAACGAGAGCAGGAUGGAUGGAAGCGUGGAGGCAGGACCUGCGGGGGAGCGGCUCCCGCUGCCAGAUAUAACACUGGAUGAUGUGCGGUCAUCGUCGGAAUCUCUGGCUGAUCUCAGACCUGCCCCUUCCUCUAGUACCGGCGGAUUCAGGCACGCGAGUCCGAAGGGCCUGGCUAGACGUCCCUCAUCGAAGCUCUCCCGCCCUGGUGUGCUCUUUUCUGCCCCCUGCAAGAAGCACCAGGAGAGCCACCCCCAGAUGCCCCCGCAGACACACGCCCACCUGCCUGCCCACGCCCACUCUCACCCGCACCUGCCCUGCUCCGCUAAAACCUCCCCAUGCGCCAUGCACUACACCUCUGCCCCCUGCUCCACCCACCACACUCCUCCUCCUCCCUGCUCCCACCAUCGCUCCUCCCCAUGCUCCGCCCACCACGCCACCGCCCCUCCCCCCAAAGACCUCGCUCAGUUCCUGCUGAGCAGGCAGGCGGCUGUGCAGUCGCCUCUCCCAGGGACGCCCCACCGGACGCCCAGCACCUCGUCUCGCUCCUCUCCCUCUCUCUCACCAUCGCUGCUCGUCCCUGCGCCACCGCCCUGCAGCCCAGAGAAGCCUGAGGCCUCGCGCCCCGCCCACAUUCCUGGCCCCGCCCCUUGCACCGCGACGAUGGAAGAGCGGCAGCAGGCCCAGCCGCGCGGGGCCACACUCUCCCAGCUGUCUGACAGUGGACAGACUCUGAGUGAAGACAGUGGUGUGGACAUCGCAGAGGCAGGUGCUCUAAGUAAGGAUGGCAGCCCCCGGCCGGGUAAAGCCGCUCCUCAGCAGGCUUCAGGGGAGCCUCGAGGGGCAGGGGUUUCCACACAGGCCCCCUCCCAACUGACCAGGUUGCCUGAGCCUACUCUGGUUCGCAUGGCGAAGUGUGCCAACACUCUGGGCAUGGCAGUGGAGGGAGGUGCCAACACCAGACAGCUUCUGCCUCGCAUCGUCACUAUACAGAAAGGGGGCUCGGCAUAUCUAAAUGGGAAGCUGAGGGUGGGACAGGUGAUUCUGGAGGUAAACGGGAUGCCCCUGAAGGGCAUGGAACAUCGAGAUGCCACACGCCUCAUUUCCGAUGCUUUCAAGACCAAAGAGAAAGACCACAUCGACUUCCUGAUCGUCGAGUUCAACGGUGCUCUGUAAGAGGUGACCGAGAAAAGCUGCACUUGAGCCAAGAAGGUGAAGAGACCUUGCACUUUAUCGAACUUGAGCGAAGGAAUUCUGGGUACGAAUGUGUGCAGCAUGACUCAGUGUCAGUGGGAUUAGACCAAAACUGUCUUUCGACUUGUCAGAUAUUCCGCCCCCCCCGUGAAACAAUGACUUCCAGGCACCCUUUUUAAGGUCGGAGUAACGACAUCAGAUGUCCCCAGUUGCCUUUCCAUCGAGUGACUAUGUUCUCAUUAAGCUCCUCCUCCUCCCUGCUAGGAGCUGACGUACGCCCCAAAGGGCCACCCUGGCGCUGUAUCUGGGCCACGGGGGUUUAUGAUGUUGGGUAAUAUGAUGGGACAAAUGAGGGGUUUUAUAUUGUCUCAUGAGUGCAAUCUUGAUUCAGGCCAUGCGUUCAAGGACAUCCCACACUCACACUGCUGCCUGGCACUCGCCAGAGCCUUGUGCCGGUAAUCCAUUCCGCCUGAGCGCGAUCGUUAUUGGCGACUAGAGGUCCACCCCGAUUCCCUCUCACUCCCAUCAUUUAUGAGAUGGUUAGGGGCUUAUAGUGCUUUGGACACAGCUGUAGCCAAACAGAAAAAAUAUUCUAGGCUGAAGAAAAGCUGCAUGAGACUGUUUCCAGAGUGUAUGGUUCGCUGGCACACUUCAACUCAUCCACCAUCACCUGUAACCUGACACAGUUUAACAGAGGAUACUAAGAGAUUCAUUCAGUGCCCUGUAUUUUAGCGACAAGGAACAGUAGGAUAUUGUAAUAAGAAGGAGUGUUGUUUUGUUUCCUUUCAUUUUCUGCAGCUAUUUGAGAGUGCCACAUUUGAGUUGUUUUAACGAUGUAGCCGCUUAGUUUUGCAAAGGCGAGGUUUUGGCGAAGGGAACUAGAGAUGCAGGGGAGUUGCACCAAACCAAUGGCUCUUUAUCCACCAGUUUAGGGCGAGACAUGGGGGAGAACAGAACGAGUCAUUCACCAGCUUAGGGCGAGACAUGGGGGAGAACAGAACGAGUUAUCCACCAGCUUGGGGAGAGACAUGGGGGAGAACAGAACGAGUUAUCCACCAGCUUGGGGAGAGACAUGGGGGAGAACAGAACGAGUUAUCCACCAGCUUGGGGAGAGACAUGGGGGAGAACAGAACGAGUUAUCCACCAGCUUGGGGAGAGACAUGGGGGAGAACAGAACGAGUUAUCCACCAGCUUGGGGAGAGACAUGGGGGAGAACAGAACGAGUUAUCCACCAGCUUAGGGAGAGACAUGGGGGAGAACAGAACGAGUUAUCCACCAGCUUAGGGAGAGACAUAGGGGAGAACAGAAUGAGUCCAGGCUGAGAGUGGCUCAAGCCUCCUGUUCCUCACCGCUCUUCAUCGCUCUUUUCUUAUUUGUAACAGUGGCUGCAUUGUUGGUUAGCCUCAAAGGCAUUGUGGGGUUUAGGUCAUGAUGCUCAAAGCAAUGACAGACCUGUUUUAAGAAUGUCCUGUGAUGAGAUGUUUAGACUGAUGUGAUAUUGACAUAUUUAUUGGUAUUUUUGAGAUAAACAAAUAUCAUUCAGUAAUAUGCAGUUCUUAUUUGUUUAUCUAAAUGCAUCUAAUAACCCCCAAAAGGCUCUAUGUAACAUACAGAGCAUUACUGUAAAUAUGAAUAUAUUAAAGCUGUAUAUAUUGGUAAAUAUAUUUUAUUUAACUAUUAUUGAUUUGUAAAUGCAGUCAUGAGCUCAUGAUUUCAGUAACUUUAUCAAUGAUAUAAUGACCUUUAUUCCUGUAUGUACUCAAAACCUUACCUUAUAGGGUAGAUGAACUUUAAUACAGUGCAGUCUGUAGGUGAUGUUCUGCUUCUCUGCAAUGUCUGAGCCAAGAAAGUCACUGGAAGAGUUGACAGUUCUCAGCGCUGUUUGAGAUGAAAAUGGGAAAUCUGGCUUAAGAGCUUUCAGCUCAAGUUACUGAUUUGAACAAAGCAGCCCAUUAAUUGUGUAAUUAGAGACUGACUCAGCAUUUUGCUGUUGUUGCUUGUAAUAUUUAUGGUUCAUGCUACUUUGAAAACAUGAAUUAAAGAUUUAGUAACUUAA